AUGCCUCCGGCCGGCGGCCCCCGCGCCCAGCGCCCCGCCGCGCUGCCCCGCAGCCUGUCCCGCCUGCGCGAGUGCCCGGGCCGCUCCCGCAUCGUGCUGGCGCUCGGGGCCACGCAGAUGGCGCUCGGAUGCCUCAUCGUGGCCGUCAGCUUCGCCGCUCUGGCGCUCACCACCUCGGCCCGCGUCCGCCACUCCUGCCCCUUCUGGGCCGGCUUCUCGGUGCUGCUGUCAGGACUCAUCGGUGUCGUCUCCUGGAAGAGGCCUCUGUCCCUUGUGAUAACCUUUUUCAUGCUGCUUUCCGCGGUGUGUGUAAUGCUGAAUUUGGCUGGUUCAAUCCUCUCCUGUCAGAAUGCUCAGCUAGUCAGCUCCCUAGAAGGCUGCCAGUUGAUCAAGUUUGACAGCGUGGAGGUGUGUGUCUGCUGUGAGCUGCAGCACCAGUCAUCUGGCUGUAGCAACCUUGGGGAGACACUGAAGCUGAACCCGCUGCAGGAGAACUGCAAUGCUGUGAGACUGACCUUGAAGGAUCUGCUCUUCAGUGUGUGCGCCCUCAAUGUCCUCUCCACCAUUGUGUGUGCGCUGGCCACAGCCAUGUGCUGCAUGCAGAUGGUCUCCGCCGACAUCCUGCAGACGUUCUUCCCCCAAAGAGCGCAUUCCACCAACCCUGCCUGUGUGACUCCCCACGGCACCGUUCUCCACCAGACCCUGGAUUUCGAUGAGUUCAUCCCUCCACUUCCCCCGCCACCCUAUUACCCUCCGGAGUACACCUGUACGCCCUCAGCCGAGGCCCCCAGGGGCCUCCACCUGGACUUUGCUUCCUCGCCGUUCAGCACUUUGUAUGAUGUUGCCAUCAACAGCCCCGGCAUGCUGUAUCCUGCUGAGCUUCCUCCACCAUAUGAGGCCGUGGUGGGCCAGACCCCCACCAGCCAGGUUAGCAGUGUGGACCACCAGGUGGCCGAGCCCAGCCCUGGGGACCCGAACACCACCGCGGGGUUCAGCACACCAGCUCCAGCCAGUAGCCUGAGCCUCGCAACAUCAGACGGCGCAAGCUCACCAGGCCUGAGGCACUCGUCCCCUGCUGGCACUGCAGUCACGCCACUGCCCCUGCCACCUGCCCCAAGCCUCCAUGUGUCCCCGGAGGCUACAGAUAUAAGGGUACAAGCACAGCCCAGUCCUGGCCGUGUGGCCCGCUCCGCCAGUGACCCCAUCUCCUGUGCAUCCAGCGAAGCAGGCGAUGCCUCUUCACAUCCUGCUUCUUGCAGCCAGGACUUUGGAAUGAGACUGUCUCAGGCUGCUCUAGGGACAGUGUCUGUGUCUCACUCUGCCAUGGCUGCUUGUCAGCACCAGCUCCCACCCCCCAGGGUCCCUGAAACUUGGAAAAUCAACCACGAGACAAAGCCAGAGGCCUUACAGACGGUCUCCAAAGAGCGGCCCCGUUCACUCAUGGACAGCAAGGCCUAUGCAGACACCAGGGUUCUGGUGGCUAAAUUCUUGGAACACUCGCACUGUGCCCUCCCGUCUGAGGUGCGGCAUGUGGUGGGGACCAUCCGCUCCGUGGUCACCUCUGAGGACCGCCCAGUGGAGGAGCCCAGCUUUGGUGCUGGCAUCGUGGACCAGCUGUGAAGCAACCACAGAUGUGAACGUGGAUGCUGACAGGCCUGGUGUCAUGCGUGGCCUGUUCCUGCCAGAAGCCACUGUGUGUGCCCGGGAGGGGCCUUCGCCUGGAGUGGCAGAGGACAAGUGGGGAACACCCGGGAGUAUCUUGGGAUGGCUCAGGAGCAGAACUGUCAGUCUGUCUCAGUGGAUCCAGUCGGUUGUCUUCUUGGGGAUUGCAUUCGCUCCCUGCUCCAGUGAUCCGAAGAUGACCCUCUGCUGUCCUUAGAGAGCUUUGGUUCAGGCAGGCAUCUGGAACUGACCAGCGUGACCUGAACAGCAGUGCAGCAACAGGUGACCCUCGUGUAACUUAAAGACACUGCAUAGCUUCCAGGUCAGGGCCGUGCAAGGAGGCGUCUCCUCCAUCUUCAAUUUAGUUUAAUGUUAAGUAGAUAGAGGACGACAGCAAAUAACGGGGCCAUUUUCCCACAUGACUUGUACCACUCUAUAAUGAAACCUUUAUCAUGUUCUGACCUCUUAUUUCCUUUAAAAGGAAACAGAUAAUUUUAGCACAGGGGCCUGGGCCCAGCUUUUUAGCUCUAGGGCUACAGGGCUGUCGUGCAAACAGGUACACAGCGGGGAGCCCCUGUGGCCCAGUCUCCUCUGGGAGGCAGGGAGGUAUCACGAGGGCUCUGAGGGACCCACCAGAGUUCCUGGGUCCCAGGGCUCCCCAACGAGGCCUCUAUCUAUGGGCCUCUUUCUCCCCAGGCUCCCCUCCCUCUAACAGGAGCAGACACUUGAGCUGUUAUUCACCUCAUAACCAUAAGCACCUGGCCAGCGCCCCUUUGGGAGCAUCCCCUGGGUAUCCACCUUGCCUGAUUGACCUCGAUCAAAUUCCAGGGGAAAGGGACCUUUUCCUCCGGGACUGAGAACCUCCUGCUGAAACAGGCAGAUCCUCAUGACUCAGAGCUGUCCCUCCCCCAGCCAGGUGGCAGCGGACACACUAGCAUUGGAGGGCACGAAUCCUGAGUUGCUUAUUUCCAUGAGAACAUCCACUGCAUUGGUUGUGCAGAAGCGAGCGAGCCCAGCUUGGGUGCCUUUGACUUUCUUGGCCUCCCCGCCCCUCAUUUUCUGGCAGCUCCCUCACACUAAGCAUGUCCUGCCGUGCUAGAAACACUUGUAUCUGGACCCUGCUAAACAGCAGCCUUUAGCACGUGGACUAUGGGGCCCUUGAACUGUGGCCAGUGUCACCUACUUUGGACAAAGCAGCCCAGAGCUUAUGGCCGGACGUAAGAGGGCUUGGCGGUGGACCAGAGGGUGCCCACUAUUGCUCAGUGCCCAGCUUGGGGCUCAUGCAGCUCUUUCCUAUAUGCAUGGCCUGUGCCUGCCCUUGAGUCCUCCCCUCAUUGCUUGUCUUCAGCCCGCUCUCCUUUGGAGCCAACGUGGGGGGGGGCACUUCUGUGUGUAAAAGCCGAGAGGGGGGUGGCUUCUAACCCAGCUAUGGCAUAGGAAUUCCCCAGUGAUGUGCAGUUGCCAAUGCACUGCUUUCCUGUUGUCAUUGGUUACUGUCUCCCGGAAGUUAGAGAGCUGAAAAAAUAUCAAUCAGGCUUUUUGAUGGCAAUCUUGCCUUUUCCACGAGAGACAUACUAGAGAUGCAUUUAUGAGCACUUUAUUCAGACUAUAAAAAUGGGAAAUCUGUUCUCUAAUUUUUCUCAAGUGAUGGCUUUUGAAGUCCCCAAAACAAGUCCCUCUGAUGGUUUUUCAGGAUGGCCUCCCCUGAGCCCACAAACUGGAGAAUUUACAUUCCGGUGCCUUGCCCUUGGAACCAGAGCAUUGAUAUCAUCUUCAUCGGAGCUGGGUGGGACCACAGCCAGCUGCAGGGUGCUUGCUGAGGGGCCCCUGUUGGCAGUGUCUCAGAGUCAAGCCCUCUGCUGGGCGAAACGUACAAAUCUCAGACCUGGCUGCAAUCCAAGGGAAGGCCAGUCCCACCCCACUACUUCAGUUCCCGGAGGGUUUUUGUAGUGCAGGAGGAGAAGUGGCCAUGGGCAGGCCAGUCUGGUGUGUGUCUUCCACUUCUUCGCCUCCUGCAGCAGGGCCUUGUCAUCUGCUAUUUGGGGCUCUUGGGCCAGGCCGUGUCUCCCUACACAUGCAGGCUGAUACUGUGGCCUGGAAGCCUCCUUGGUACCCAAAAUCUUAAGAAAGCUGUCUAUGCACCCACUUAUGCUCAGUUCUGCGUCUGCUCCCAUAAGAACUCUGUCUUAUGGAUAAAGAAACUGCCCAGCUUUAGACCUGGGCUGGAACCUUUUGCCUCCUAGAAAGAAACAAGGCUGUCAGGGAUGAUGGGCUCUAUUUGGCCCACCUUCUAGGGCCUUGGGUACCCAUGUGGGCAAUAAGGUUUGAACUCCAGACUUGCAGGUACCCAGGGGACACAAGUGCCGGUAACAGCCACCGGGAUGCUGGCAACUUGACCCUUCACCUCUGAUUCCCAACUCUGACUGGCAGCCUCCUGGGACUCGAAUCCCCAGCAGCAGCCCCAGACUCCAAGCAGCAUUGGGCCCCCAGACAUCGGAGAGCUGGCUUCCUCCCCAGCACGCCUGUAUCCUUCCCUUCCAGAAGCCUGUCCUCGGCUUCCUGUUUUGGUUGGUGAAAGGGCUGACGAUGGCCGUUUUUGAGGCAGUUCUUCCCCUCAGCUUGCCCCGGUCCUGCUACAACAAUGCUCUUUGACUCAGGAGAGGGGCCGAGGGUGGGAUGAGGGUGCUGAGGUUGAUGAACUCUGGACCCUGACUCCCAGGCAGACGAGGGGCACAUCAUUCACAAGGACUUACGGUCUCCUUUGGCGGGAGACCGACAAUACAAUGAAAUGCUUGUAAAACACCAUGAAAGCUUAUUUUGAAUGUUCUUUUCCUCCCCACUCUGAACUCACAGAUGCUGCUGAGGCAGAAUGUAUAGGAAAUUGUUUUCAAGCCACCAGAGACCUGUUUGUACAACUGGAAAGGUUGUAUUUAUUUAAUGUACCUCAAGGUGUUUUAAUAAUGAUCGGUGUUUUAAUAAAAAGUAUUUCUGGUCUGUG